UGUGGGAGAAAGGGAAGAAUCGCCCGAACGGUCUCGGAAGCCCCUGGGAGUGAGGCCCAGCCUGCAGGAAGCCCUGCAGUGUAUGUGUGGUAACACCAUGUCUGUGCCCCUGCUCACUGACGCUGCCACCGUGUCUGGAGCUGAGCGGGAAACGGCCGCGGUUAUUUUUUUACAUGGAUUUGGAGACACGGGGCACAGCUGGGCUGACACCCUCUCCACCAUCCGGCUUCCUCAUGUCAAGUACAUCUGUCCCCACGCGCCCAGAAUCCCUGUGACACUCAACAUGAAGAUGGUGAUGCCUUCCUGGUUUGACCUGAUGGAGCUGAGUCCAGACGCCCCAGAGGAUGAAGUUGGCAUCAAGAAGGCAGCGGAGAACAUCAAGGCUUUGAUUGAACAUGAGAUGAAGAACGGGAUCCCUGCCAAUCGAAUCGUCCUGGGUGGCUUUUCGCAGGGCGGGGCCCUGUCCCUGUAUACAGCCCUUACCUGCCCCCACCCUUUGGCUGGCAUCGUGGCAUUGAGGUGUUGGCUGCCUCUGCAUCGGAACUUUCCCCAGGCAGCCAACGGUAGCACCAAGGACCUGGCCAUCCUUCAGUGCCAUGGGGAGCUGGAUCCCAUGGUACCUGUUCGGUUCGGGGUCCUGACGGCUGAGAAGCUCCUGUCUGUUGUCACACCUGCCAGGGUCCAUAGUUCAAGACAUACCCAGGUGUCAUGCACAGCUCCUGUCCUCAGGAGAUGGCAGCUGUAAAGGAAUUUCUAGAGAAGCUCCUGCCUCCGGUCUAACUAGUUGCUGGCUCUCAUUGCAGCAGCAAGCGCCGCACCAUCUUGGAUCUGAGCCGGUCGAGCCCGUCCCUUCUCUUCCCACCCUGUCCUCUUCCCACAGGCCUCUGGGGCAGGUGGCCGAGGCUGGCCAGGCCUUCCUGCUGGCCGCAGUCAUCUGAAAGUCAGCAGCAGGGGUGGGCUGCUCUCUUAUCCACUUCCCCGGAGGCGGGCCCCAGCAGCAGUAUUGGAGGGGCUGUAGGCAGCGGGAGAGAGGCCUACAGCUGCUGACCCACUCACUCAGGACCUCACUCACUAGCCCCGCUUUGGGCCCCCUCCUGCGACCUCAGGGUUUGGCCCGUGGGGCCCUCAUGGGCCCCCCACCCCAGUAAUUCUGCCCGGAUAAUCGCGUCUCUCCUGCCUCACUGCAGCUGCUUCUCUGUCACGAAUGUGUUCAUGGCCGGGGCCCUUGCUACUGUGGGCUGCCUGCUCCCGUGCAGGCGAGUUGGUGAGGAGGUAGAGUCCCUCAGGGCCUCCCCUUAGCCCCGCCCCCAGGGGGUUGGGCCCUGC